GAAAUCUCGUUUGUCAUGCAUAUAUGUAUUUAUAUAGUAGGUUAUUAAGAAUGUUUAAAACAAAAUUUAACACAGUGUUUAAGUCACGGAUUCCAUAUAAUAUUUGACUAUAUAAAGAAAUUAAUGAUUUUUACAUUUUUAUGAACUCGUGUCGUUCGGGUCGUAUUUAGUAAUUCGUUUCAAACUAACUUCCCGAUGAGCUUAGACUUGAAAUUUUAAACAUAGCUCAGAAUAGGAUGACAAUGUAAGAAUAUAAAAUAAAACCUGGUACUUAUAAUAAAUAAUUACAUUAUUUUUGAAAAUUUCACUUGUUUUUAAAUCGCCCACAUACAUAUAGUCAGGUCAUAAGUUCUGUCAAAACCUUAUUAUUUAAAUUUUUUGAAUACUGUCUAGAUAAACUUCACCAAUUUUAAAAAUAUAGCGUUUGCGCUUGCCGAAAAUAAAGAACAUUCAUUUUCAAAUAUGGAGUGGUCGAAGAAAGAUGAUAGAGAAGCGGUUAUCGGGUUGCACCGCUGUGGUUACGCGCCAAAAGAGAUUUUCAAUAUUCUACAAAAAUUGAAAAUAACCCUACGAUUUGUUUAUCGCACUAUCAAACGAUUCACUGACGAUUUAAGCUUCGAAAAUCGUAAGAGUACCGGCCUACUCCGUACAGUUACGUCACUCGCGAUCAUCAAAGCAGUGAAGGCUCUAAUCCAACGAAAUCCUGUCCGUAAACAAAAAAUCUUAGCUCUUUAGAUGGGCCUAAGCAGAAAGAACCACAGUCAAAAGACUAAUCAAUGAAGACUUAAGACUACGAGCUUAUCGCAAGGCGACCAAAAGACAUGUUUUGAACGAGCGAUUGAAAAAAAAUUUGGCUGGAUAGAUCCCGCGCUUUGUUAUGGCGGUACGCGGGAAAAAAUGCCGCGAAAUUUUGUUUUCGGAUGAAAAAAUUUUUAACAUCGAAGAAAGUUAUAAUAAACAAAAUGAGAAGGUGUAUGCCCACAGCAUUGAAGAAGCCAGCACGCGUAUUCCGAGGGUUCCACGAGGACAUUAUCCUUCAUCACUUAUGGUUUGGCCUGGAGACUCAUAUUCAGGCUUAACUGAAGUGUUUUCUGUGAAAAAGGUGUAAAAACCAGUGCCGCGGUGUACCAAAAUACCGUCCUAACGAACAUAGUGGAACCUCUUUCUCAAACAAUGUUCAAAAACAGACAUUGGAUAUUCCAACAGGACUCUGCACCAUCUCAUAGGGUACGAAGCACGCACAACUGGUUGACCGCCCGUAGAAUUCACUUUAUCGGACAUGAAGACUGGCCCUCUUCUAGUCCAGAUUUAAGCACACUGGAUUACAAGAUAUGGCAACGUUUGGAGGAGAAAGUCUGUGCUAAACCUCCUCAGAAUUUGGAAUCUUUCCGGGCAUCUUUAGCUAAAGCAACGGCAGAAAUAGAUAUGAAUGUGGUGCGUGCUGCGAUUGAUGAUUGGCCACAUCGAUUAAGGCCAUGUAUUCAAAAUAGGGGAGGGCAUUUUGAAUAAUGUAAAUAAAAUUGUAUUCUAAAUUAAAUUACCUUUCAUUUCAUAUAUAAUUUCUAUAUAAUUAUCUAAAAGUGUAUCAUUAAUUUUAUAAAAAGUUUUUGACAGAACUUAUGACCUGACUAAGUAUCUAUUAACCGAUUCGUUGCGGCAUCAAUUUUCGACAACUUUUAGCUGUGGCGGUGAACAAAUAUUUCAUGACACACCGGGCGUGUCAAGCGCCACAGACAAACAAGUUACAAAUGGAAGGAUACUUGUUUUUAGUGGGUAACUACGAGUUUUUAAACGCGUUUUCUUUGAAAUUGAGAGAAAGUGACUUUUUUUAUAAAGAGAUUACAAACCUUUUGUACUAUUUUUUGUUGUUAUAAAAAAAUCAUUUAUAUAAGUAGGUACAGCUAAUUCACCCUGGAAACCUUUGUUUUUAUUAAAUAAAAUUUUCACCUAAUAAUAACAUUUAUAAAUAUCAAACAAUGAAGAACCUUAAUUUGAAAAAAAAAAGGUAUAUCAUUCAUUGAUAUUAUCAAAUGUUAAAUAUUAUUUAAUGUUAUACAAAUGUAAAAGUAAAGUCGAUCUGAAAACGUCUAAUUAGUAAAAAUAGCAAAACAAGUGUUUUCAAAAGGAAAAAAAACGCCGGCGCUAUACGGCGGCGGAUUGACAAAGACUAUUUAGUAGCGUACUUUUUUUAUGCAUGAACGGUUUCGAACUGUUUCAAGCAAAAAUAAACCUUUAUACCAUAUCACAAGAGCACAUGGUACUUCGGAGGUCUAUUCGGCCAUAUGAUAGUAAUAAGACGGCAGUUCAACCAUUUUAAGCAAAAAUAAAAAAAUAAGACAAACGCAUUGUUUUUUGUUUUUAAUAGGAGACUUGUUUUCCAGAAAUUAUUUACAACUUGAGUUUGUGAGUGAUCGCAAUGAGUGCUAUUAUUUGUUACUUAUUAGACAAUUUUUACAUAACAUGAUUUAAAACCCACACGUUAAAAAAGGUUGUCAACCCCUAAAAAUUUCAAAUUUUCAAAAUAUCCAGAAACGAGCUGCAUGCACGAACUACUCGCAAAAUGAUGAAUAUUUUGUUCUGGAUAAAUUUUCCAAAAAAGUAAUUUGAGCAAGUUAUAACGAUUUUUAAAAAGACACGACUCGCGUAUCAUAUGCCACACACAAAAGUAAUCGAUGGCACGCCUGGCGUGUCGCCCGCACUGAACCGGUUAAUGCUUUAAGGAGAAAAUUUGGUUCUUAUUGUUUAGUAAUUUUAAUAAUCAAUAUUUCCAAAUAUUGCCUCGAAUUGAUUUUUUUACAUACCUAACUUUGUCGGUGAUAUUUUUUUGAAUUAUUUUUUAAUAAUCUUUUAUAUGUUUACAGGUAUCCGUAUAUAGUUAAGAUAUACCCGCCUGCUUCCCUGAAGAUGACUUAAAAAGAAGCACCGACCAAGGGGAAUGCUCUUGUUUGCGAUUUUCUUAUGUCAGAGGCUGCCGGUGCCAGCGCCUACAGAGAGAACUGAGAGCCUAAUACUAGAUAACUUCGUUGACUUCUCCUUUAUAAUUCCAUUGAUCUAAAUUGUUUAUCAUGUAUCAAUCAAUUCUCACGUAGGGGGAUAAUGUAACUUACCGGUAUAUUUUCUUAUAUUUCGUAAUAAAUAAUAUUAGAUUCCAUAGCUAUAAAUAUUUAAAUAGUAAAGUAUCCAUUUCAAUAGAAGUUCAAUGAGAAUAAAAAUCGUAUCCCAGUUUCAUCUUCUCUUUGAUGGCUUCGUGACGCAGUGGCUGAGCAAUGAGUUACUGCGCUAAGGGUCGCGUGUUCGAAUCCCGCAAGGGAACAAGUAUUUGUGUGGCCUACAAAUAAUUGUUCCGGGUUCUGGAUUUUUGUCCUUGUGAAAUUUAUGUAUGUAAACUUGCCCCCACGAUACACGAGAAAAUCCUAGUGUGGAAGUAAAGUUUUUUAACAAAAGAAUAGAUCAGUACCAAAAAAAAUUAUUUUGUAUGUAUCCUUGUUACUUAUGAUUACCUUUUAACUAUCACUUCGGGUCACGUCUUAAAUUCACUUUGCUCUAUACCCUUAGUUUAUAUCUGACUUUUGAUAUGUAAGAUCCUUAUAAAUCGGAUAAUAAUCAUGGCCCUUUCAGUUACUACAAGAACUGUUACUAUAUGCAGUCUUCUAUACUUUUCUAUUGAGUACAUUGCGGAGAAGCAAAUUUAUUUUGUAUCUAUUAUAGUAAUACAUACAUACCUACUUUUCAUUAUCAUGUAAAUAUACUUAAGUAGCUUAAAUAACUCUUUUAGUAGGAUUUAUGUGUUAUAUCUUAAUUUAAGCUUAAAUUGUAAUCUAAGAAUUGACAAUAAAACAAUAUUACAU